GGUAACAUGCUUUUUAUGUGUAUAUCGUUUUUGUGUGUGUUUGUUUCAGAUAGUUUGUCGGUCUAGUGACUUAUUACUUUCGCGGCACAUAAGAUCUUCUUAUAUAAAUCCCAAUGAAUAUAAGACUAAGAACAUAAAUAAUGUUAUGGAAGAUGAAACAGACAAUUAUCGCUUCAUUUCACAUCAGCAACAACAGCGACUACAAUCUCCAAAUCGACAAGCAUUAAACAGAUCUAAUAAUGCUAAUCUAACAAAUGUAGAUACUCUAAUAUCAAAUAUAUUUGUAACAGACAAUAGCUCGAAUGGUAUUAUAAUAUUUAAUAGAACAUUCAGUGGCUAUAAAUCACCGAGAAAUCAUGACACUCACAUUAAUCCACUUUUUGUUGAGAGAUCAACUCAGCAAAUACCGUCAUUCAAGGUGCAAAGAACAUCUGAUGGUAAAUUAGAUUUGGUUUUUAAUAAUACUUUACAUUCACAGGAACCUAUUCUGGCUCAUCCACCUCGAAGUCAGCAAGGACCAAUAAUCUUCAAAGAUCCACCCAGUAGCGAUACACCUACAUGUAAGGAUGACUUACAUGCUGCUAAGCCAUUUUGUACGGAAGUUCGCAAUUAUCCUGAUUUGAGUAAUUUCGAAUCAAAAUUAUUGGACGAAUUUUCUAAACUUCAAUUUUUCUUUUCGGAUGAACUUGUGCAACCUCAAAAUGUACAACAACGUAUAAAUAUCGGUCCAGAUGAGAGUUUCUUCUGUACUAGUGAAGAGAAAAUUAUAUUUCCAAAAGCGCAACUCUCAAAAAAUAACGAAUUAUUGUUCAUAGUAAAUGAUAAUGACAAAUUUAAGCAGGGACUACGUGUGGAGCUAUGUUCGAAUGAAGGUAGCAAAUGCAAGUAUUCCGAUUCGCUACCGAAUGGUGUGAAGGCAACCUGUAAGCAAAAUCAUAUCUAUCGUGCACUGGUAGCCAUCACUCCAAAUGGCACUGUUGUAACAGAUCAGUUCAAAGUGCCGUCCUGUUGUAAGUGUAUCCUGAAGGAAGUUCAUUAAGCUUACGCCAUGAACUCACCGCAGUUUAUGUCUACGUAACUUCGUACGAUUUUAUGAAUCACACCCACCCGCAACAGGAUGGCAGGCCAAACUGUCAAGGGAAUAUCC